GACUAUUUAAACAAAAUGGCGGUUUGUUGGUGUUGAUUUCUGUCCGGUGUCUUUAUUUAAAUGUAUAAUCGUCCUCACUAAAAUAAAUAUCAAUCAAAAAUAUAAUUUUUCAAGCAAGAAGAAACUCAGUGAUUUGGAUCAUGGCAUCCAACGCUUUGUGGCAGAGAACCCAGCUAAGCUUUCUUCCUCCUCAGCAGACGAGUUCCAGUGUAGAUGCCUUCCCUCAGCGUCUUGCUGCCUUACAAGUCCCUGCUCCACAACUCUCUACGCAGCUCCAAUUUAACAUAGGAGUACCACUCUCACCCGAUAAUAUGGCCACACGCUUCAGAAAGCCAAAGCCCAUUUUAAUAGAGAAGCUUCAAGGACCAAAAGAAGACAAAAAUAGAACAUUUGUGACAAGGUCGAUGGAAGGGUUGUCAUCUUCUGUGCUGUCAACAGAUCGCUUAGCUUUUGCUGUAAACUUAGCAAAAAGGGAUAUUAAGAGAGCAAAGCUGAUGCCAUCUAAUGAUAAUCAGGUCUCAAAUAAUGAAGAAAUCAAUGCGAGACAUGAAUCUCCAAGUAAAGAAAAGGUAGCAAAAUGUAAAAAGGCAAAAAGGGUUGAAAAGGUUCAACCAAAAGAGACAAUGCGACAUCGUGUUCAAAAGGCUUUGAAACAUCAAGAAAAGGAAUUGCAAAGAGGGCAUGAGCUUUAUUUCUACCCAGACACCAGUCAUCAGAUGGACACAGAAGGAGAAAGUCCUCAAGCCAAGGAAAUACGCAAACUGAGAAAAGAGCUUCACACAUACAUGAACCAGCUAGAGGACAUCCAAAAAGAUAGACCAUUAAUGGUGCGUAACAAAGAUAAAAGAAUGAAGAGAAGACAGGAUAUUAAUAUGAGACUCUCGGACGAAGAACUAGAUGAACGACAAGUGGCUAGAGCAGAGGAACAAGCAGCGAGGUCAUCCAGAAUGCUGUAUAUGCUCAAGCGUCAGGUGCAAGAUCUUCAGGAUGAGCUGAACAAAAAGGGAACAAAUAUUAAACACACAAAAAAGAGUCAAACACUACAUCGCUUGGCUGCAGCCCAUAGAGCAGCUGUUCGGGCCCUCCAGACCUUCAUAAGCCAAAGUCCUUUGCACCCCAAAGGUAGCCAUGCUCCAGCAUACAUGUAUCAGGACCUAGCCAUUCUUAUAAGACAACUGUCCUUACUGACGACUCAACUACAGGUAGCCACUGAUGACCAACUAGAUGAACUGGUAGUCGGCAAGAUUGGAUCUAAGCAACCACUUGGGUAUGAAAGACAUCAACAAGAGGAAAUAAGAAAGCAGAAUGCAUUCUACAAGGAAUUGGAAAAUAUCCAGCCAUCUCCACCAACUAGAGACAGCAAACGACCAAUAGCAAGAGUCAGGGAGGGGGCAAAAUCUCCAAAUCCUUCCCCAGAAAGAGAUGCAGUGUUGAGAGCUGGUUUACAAGCACUUGUACGAGCCAGAGAAGAAGCCUUGCAUACUAAACAGCCUGACAGUAACAAAACAAAAGUUCACUUUCCAGCCAAACAUUUACCUGCAAAGAAAUCUCUUCUUCUUCCAGCACAACUUAAGGCCAAGCGUCAACGUGCCCAGCAGACUGCUCAAAGAGUAAAACCACCAGAUCUCCAAAACGCACACUUUGCUAAAGACACUGUAGCUUCUAACUUGAGGAAAGUCCCUCCAGUUCAAGACAGGCAAGAAAUACUUGAACAGCCACCCAAAUCCCUUCCUAGGACACCCACUAAGUCUCCUAUACAGACACCCAAACAAGGAACACCCACCAAGCGUUUUGGCACUCCAGAAAGGCUUUGUGAGCAGCUCCAGACCUCACCUCAGUCACACCGCCGAAGACUAGAGGAAGAGUUUAACAGCCCAAGAAGCCCAAAGUACCAAAGACAAAUGUUACAAGAGGAAAGAGAUAUGCUAGAAAGAGAGAUUGCAAGACAAGCAUGGUUGGAUYGUGAGGCUGAAGUAAAACUUAGAGAAAUUGAGGACGAUUUGCGUCAAAGAAGACACCAGCAGCCGGCCUAUAGCAGUGAUGGAGUUCGUCUUGCCCGUCAGAUGAUCCACGAGACUGAAGAAGCCAUUAUACACAGAUUGAAACCAUUACUAGACAGAGCAGAGGCCAUCAUGAAAGAAAACAAAAAACAAGAGGAAAGAAACAAGCGAUCACUUCRACAACAAUUAACAAGUUUAACUUCACGGACAACAAUGGAACAGGCUCACCUACUUGCUGAUGGAAUCCUGGACGACAUACUGGACGAUACUGUACAAGAACUUCAAAGACUGGAAGUGGACGACGAGGCAGAAGUAGUUGCAAAUGGUAUCCAGAACAGCUCUACUCUUGAGAAUGUCAUGCAAAGGCUACAGAACUUCGAGAAAGUCGAAAACGAGAUUCGCCGCCAUUGGACACAAAUCAAAUAUUCCGAGACUGACGCACCCACUCGAACACUACAUCACCAAACAGACUCUAGAAAGAAAGGAUCGCUUCCCAAAGACCCUGAGCCAAUCAUGUUCACAAAGGAUCGUCCCGAGAGAACAGAUGGCUACUUGGAAAAAGGAAUACAAAAACUGAAAAAGAAAUCGCAGUCGAGGAAGGACAAGGCGAGAUUCGGUGAUCAAAAUGACCCGAGUAUGUCUGAUAGCACAGCAUCGCUUCUAGAUGGCAUAUACUCACAUCGGGGCUCAUAUGUACCAUCUAAUAAUGAUCCAUCUCGUCGUCUCCCACCAAUAAAGGGCCUGUCAAGGCCGACCAUCGCUCUGUUUGUCCCUAGUGAAUUACGCGCCAGCAUAGCAUCUUAUAGGAGUAAAUACGAGCGAUUUCUACGAAGCACCGCGACACACGUACAGGGAUCAUUUAAUCCAUGGAAACUUGUUGACCAAGUCAGUGAAGAACUGUUAGACGAUCUAAUAAAAGACGUCGUUGAAGAACUAGGAGAUGUAUGUGAUGAAUAYACUGAGACCAUCUAUAAACAAGAAUUUGUUGCUGCGGGCGGUGACAAAAGUAUUGCAGAGUAACUUCAAAAUAUAAUCAAUCAUUAAUGAUAGAAUCCGUAUUCAGGAUUAGGGGACCCCUCUCCGCUAAUUUAAACAAGUCUUCUCUCCCAAAAAACAUGCACAUAACGAAUAGACUUCCAAUUCUCAGGUARUUCAGGAGCCUUGUAGAAUAAGAAUAAACUAUUGCCAUUAUAUUUGUAUUGAAAAUUCUCUUGUACAAGAAUAAAUAAUGUAUUACCUGGUUCAGCGCAAGACCUCGUUUCUAGGUUUUGAACGAAAAUAAUCAGAUACCUGAGAACGAGGCCGAGGACAAAUUUUGAAGAACGACACAUGAAAAUAACUGAUAAUAAAGAUAGAUUUUAUUCCUUAA